GUCGGACAAAAUCUCGUCCAGGUCGGGCAUGAAAACAAGUUCGCCGUCCGCCUGACUCUGUCCCCCGUGCGUGUUUGUGAUGGUGAAACGUCAAAUCAUUGCAAUAUGUGUAUGGUAUGAUAAUGACCCUUGGCAAUUCUCGAACAGUGACGUCGGCGCCGUCCGACACUUACCGCGCGAUUCCUGCCCAAACGGUUCGUUCGUGAUCUCCGCCAGUGGUGCAAGUUACUGAUCUGACAAUUCAAACCGCUGAUAACGUUGAAUUAUACCCAUUUUUAUGAGCAAUGUCAGAACCAAUAACAAAUGCUCAUAAUGGCGACUCAAGAGUCAAGACGAAAAAUACACACUUGGGGAUGGCGCCACUAGCGACAUCUGCAAAUUUCACUCUCUGGUACUUUAGUGAUGAGUGCGAAUUUUCCGUAAUUCUUCACAUCUGCAGCAUUUCUCGUGCUGUUUAGCCUUGAAGUAUUGUGCAAUAUUUUUUCUUUGAUUUUUCCAAGGAGUAGUACCUCGACCUGGCAAAAGAUGUCGGUGGCUCCGUUGCAUACCUACUUCCGUUGGAUCGGUGACGUCAGAGUGAGCCAAUCUCUCCUACAUCGCCUGAUGUGUGUCUGUGACUGUGACAUAAAACGCCAAUAAAAUGCUUAUUAAAGAGUUCCGAGUGACGCUUCCAUUGACAGUGGAAGAGUACCAAGUGGCUCAGCUGUACUCAGUCGCAGAAGCCAGCAAGAACAACACAGGCGGUGGCGAGGGAAUUGAAGUUCUGCGUAACGAACCCUUCGACAACCACCCUCUACUCAAUGGCCAAUACAGCCAUGGGCAGUACACUUACAAGAUUUAUCAUCUAGCAAGUAAAGUGCCAAAAUUCAUCCGGAUGUUGGCACCCAAGGGAUCUCUAGAAGUACACGAGGAGGCGUGGAACGCUUAUCCUUACUGCAGGACAGUGAUUACUAACCCCGGGUAUAUGAAGGAAAACUUUUAUAUAAUCAUUGAGUCAUUGCAUUUGGGUGAUACGGGCGAGCAGGAGAAUGUGCACCAGCUGCCCGAAGAUAGGUUAAAGCAGCGCGAAGUGGUCCACAUUGACAUUGCUCACGACCCUGUUCAAGCGUCAGACUACAAGGGGGAUGAGGACCCUCAAAAGUUCAAGUCGGAAAAGACGGGUCGAGGUCCUCUCGUUAGUAAAACGUGGAAAAAUGAGGUCAAUCCUGUUAUGACUUGUUACAAGCUUGUCACUGCCGAGUUCAAGUGGUUUGGAGUCCAAGGUCGCGUUGAGAAUUUUAUCCAGAAGUCAGAGCGACGACUGUUCACAAAUUUCCAUAGACAAGUGUUCUGUUGGAUGGACCGUUGGUUUGGGCUUACUAUGGAUGAUAUCCGAGCAAUCGAAGACGAAACAAAGAAGGAGUUGGACCAGCAACGCAAUGUGGGCGAAGUUCGAGGAAUGAAGGCUGAAACUGACUAAGCCAACUGCUGUGAAUCCAUCCUUCUCCCCCAAAACCCUCAUUGGCUUGCGCGACCUCGUAGGAACUCGAAUAAAAUUUCUGUUUGCAUGUGCAGCCGCCGCCACCUUGAAACUUAAAACUUGAGAAUAUAGACAACUUGCCCAAUCCAGAAGUAGACGAAUCGCCCUCUUAAACAGAGAUAAAUUAAUGUCGAAAUGAGUGCUUGAACAAGUGCAAGCUACACACAAAAUUUUCUGGUAUGCCGUCGAUUACUUGGAAGAGACGUCUUGUUCCUCGAUUACAUAUUACUAGUCACUGGCUAUUUUCACUUUGAAAUUUUUAGGGAUUGUAAUUGUUUGAGACAGAAUUACAAAGAAAAAAUAUCACAAAACCAAAUCACUACAGUUAAAGAAGUUAGCAAUGUUGCUCAUCUACUCGCAAAAGAAUUUAAAGUAAUUAUUUAUCCCUUGUAAUGAUCAAAAUAUCGAGUGGCUAGAAUUGUGCUUUUUUAUGAUUCCGUUACGGUGUUAUCAAUCGAUAGAUUUAAGAAGUUGAUUAACUAAUUGUUAUCUAUUACGCCUUCUUUGCAUUUUCAUUUUUAUAAAAUGAAAGUUUCCUAACACGGAAGUAAGUGAUUGACAUGUCCGCAGGUGUCAAUUAGUGCAGUGAAAUUAUUUUUUAAUUAAAAAAAAACGUAUUUGUUUGUCACUACACAUAGCGUUUCGAUCGCUCGUAAUCAUUGUUUACGUUCCGCUCUUAUAUAAAUAUACCUUCAGCCAUAAUACAUAACAAUGCAAUCACUUUGGUUUGUUUUAUUUUCUUUCACUGUAUCGUUUUCUUACUUUCACAAAGCCAUAUUAUGAUGCAACUGAUCUCGCCACAGACACAAAAAACAGCUCAUUCUCUGCAUGAUUUUAUUCCGAAAGUGGAAGUAACUAUUUUCUAAUGAAUGCCAAAACGAUUUGAGCAAACAGUGCCAAACAUUGAAAAAUUUGGCGUGGAAUUACUAUUCAAACGAUUUAGUGAAAUGCGUGUAAUUUGUUCCGCGGCACUGUUUUCUUGAUUCCGAAAAUCCAUUCAAGUGCAAAUGAGGAGAGUACGAGUGGAGCUUUAAAGCAUGUUGAUCUUGUCGUUUGUUUCGUGUUGUUAUUAAUUACUGUAUGUCAUGAAAUAGUCAAUUUAGGUGUUGCAAUAAUGAGUCGGCGGUGGUCACAAGAAUUCAUUCUCUGGCCCAAUUAGAGUGACGGAGCAUACUUGUUCUCAAAUUAUAAUCGAGAAAUUUCGUCUCGUUGGGGCGGAUCAUAAUGAAUGGUGAUUGAAUCAUGUAUUAAAAAUAAUAUCAUUGAAUAGAUAAUUCGACUUAUUGCAAAAGAGCCCUGCUCCUUUUAUGCAUGCCUAAUAGGGGCAAUAUGUUAAUUAAUCUCGUUGUUAAAUGUUGAAUUGAAAAACGCGUAUACUCUGCGUAAU